UGUCAAGGUGGAUGGAUCGCAAGUGAGUCAACGUCUUCGUGUUGAGACAAUGAUUUGACACCUGUUCAUCUUUAGCUGUUGCGCAAUCCCUACGUGAUAUUGACCUCAUAUUCAUAGAAGAUUCCUUCGAGCGAUUACUUCUUGAUUACGACCGUGUCUUCUCAGCUAUGGGUAUCCCAGCGUCAUGUCUCUGGCGCCGAACGGGUGAGAUCUAUAAAGGAAACCGUGAGUUUUCAGAACUCAGGCGUCGAUGGAUACAUGAUGCGAGACGUAAGCUGCCCCUUUGUAUCUACGAGCUUAUGGCAGAAGAGUCGGCAGUCAAUUACUGGGAGAAACACGACCAUGUUGCUUUUGACUCUUCUCAAAAGGCCGUGCUCACUUCUUGCGUGCUACGUUAUAAACUCCUCAUCAAUACGCAGUCGCAAUCGCAAUCGCCGAAAAAGGAGGAUGUUCCCAAUGAGGAAGGUUUCAUAAACUGUUGCUUCUCAUUCACAAUCAGGCGGGAUAAGUGGGGCAUACCGAGUAUGAUCGUUGGAAAUUUCAUCAAGUGCUGACAAGAAUACUGGAGGUUGGAGGUUGUUGUGUAGAGAAGUAACGAGUUUAUCUUUUUCUUCCGCUCUCCAAGCUUCAGAACUUGUCUCCUGCAGAUGUGCUUUCAAAUGCGCAGCAGGAAAUAAGAAGAGGGAG